AUGUCGGACCUAGAUACCUUCACACUCCUCCCGAUCCGGAUCGACCCUCAGUCCAAAGCCAUCAGCAGCACGAGCCCGUCGCGGGCGCUGGACGCGGAGCUGGCGACGCUCAACAGCCUACACCGGACGCUGCUGGGGCUCGAGAAGCCGCACGCGGUGCCGCCGCCGCCGAUCCCCGUCAACCCGAAGCUGUCGGCGCAGGUCAACAAGAUGCGCGAGGGCGGCAACGCAGAGUUCCGCAAGGGCCGCUACGCCGAGGCCAUCAAGCUCUACUCGCUCGGGCUCGAGAUGGCCCUCAAGCGCCCGCUCUGGGAGCCGCAGCAGCUGGUGCGCGAGGAGGUCGCCGGUCUGUUUGCCAACCGCGCCCAAGCCCACAUGGCGCUCCUGAACUGGGUCGACGGGGCCAUAGACGCCGAGGCCAGCGUCGAGGCCAAGAGGGCCGGGAACCCAAAGGCUUGGUGGAGGCGCGGGAAGUGCCUGAUCGAGAUGGGGAGGUUGGAGGAGGCUAGGGAGUGGGUUGGGAAGGGCCUGGAGAUGGAGGGCGAGGAGAAUGAGCUCAUGUCGUUGAUGAAGGAUCUCGACGCCAAGUUGGGUUAG